CUCUCCUGAGAUGAAAGGAACGUUCUGAUUCUGUGGCAGUUGAUACUGGGCAGGAGAAGACAGUUUGGAGCAGACAAGGGGCAAAAGGAAAAGAAGUAGGGGCUUUAUUUGAUAGUCUGGGAACUUAUUUCAAACGCUAUGAAGAUCUGACUCAGGAAGUGCUGGGAAGCAGUCCAGCGUGUUUAUCCUGACCCCUGUUCACCUUCUUCUGCAGUCCACUCCAUGCUGGGAAUAGACAACUCUCCUCUGAGGCUGAGGCUAACCAGACUAUGCAGAACUUGCUUCUCUCCAACAUUCCCUGGAACUGGGUUGAAUGGAUCGCAGCAGUUACCUUUGCUGCGGGCACAGCUGUGAUUGGUUAUCUAGCUUACAAAAGAUUUUAUGGUAAAGAUCAUCGCAACAAAUCAAUGGUCAACCCUCACAUCCAGAAAGACAACCCCAAGGUAGUACACGCUUUUGACAUGGAGGAUUUGGGAGAUAAAGCUGUGUACUGCCGUUGUUGGAGGUCCAAAAAGUUCCCAUUGUGUGAUGGAUCUCACACAAAACACAAUGAAGAGACUGGAGACAACGUGGGACCUCUGAUCAUUAAGAAAAAAGACACUUAAAUGGACAGUUCUGAUGCUGCAAACCAGCUUGUCGUCAUGUUACCUGAGUGUUUAACUAGAAUGACUACCACUUCUGUCUAAUUCACCUCCCUUGAAUUCUUGAUGUGGUGUGUUGCAGACUACAGCGUUCAUAUUCGUGGCAUCUGCCUUACUUGUUGAACCAUCGUGGUGCACAUUUGUUUAAACAAAAAGAAAGGAAAAAGUAAAAACCAACCUCAUAGCCUGUGGGUUAUUUUGGUCUUGUAAGGAUCCGUUUCUUUACAUUUCAAAUAAUGACAUUAGAACAUAGUUGUGCAUUGAUCUUAAUGUAUUAAAUUAUUCUCAAAAUCAUGUAUAUGCAGAUUGUACUUGUAGGUUUCAAAGAAAAAUUAUCGUCUUUUAAUAUUACUUAGUUAACCUAGAAAGUAAAUUGAGUGUGAUUAAGCUACAUUAAUCUCUUAAUAUAACCUAGGAAAAACUUGUUAGGACCUUGAUUUCUUGACAGUGGUCAAGGCACUGAGAAAAUAUAGCUUCUAUGUUUUCACAGUUUUCAGUCCAAAUGAACUUUGAAUGUUACUCUGCUGAAUUAUAUAAGUGGGCCAGGUCAAUAAUAAAGGGGUAGUGACUUCUUUGUA